UCACUUUCUUUCUUUUCUUAUUUUCUUUUUAAUUUAAUGACAAGCCUGGGGAACUCCAGCUGGGGACUAUCUACUUUUUCCUUCUAUCUGAUGGGUAUCCCAGGGCUAGAAGAGAGUCAACACUGGAUUGCACUUCCUCUGGGGAGCCUGUAUCUUCUGGCCCUGGUGGGCAAUGUCACCAUUCUCUUCAUUAUCCGAAUUGACCCAUCACUCCAUCAGCCAAUGUAUCUGUUCUUGGCCAUGCUGGCUGCCAUUGACCUCAUCCUUGCCUCAUCCACAGCACCCAAGGCCCUGGCUGUGCUUAUGUCCCACUCCUGUGAGAUAUGGUACCCUACCUGCCUCACCCAGAUGUUUUUUAUCCAUGCAUUCUCUUCCAUGGAGUCAGGUGUGCUGGUGGCCAUGGCUAUGGACCGCUAUGUGGCUAUCUGCCACCCACUGCACCACACGACCAUCCUCACUCCAGGGGUCAUUGGGCGUAUUGGAUUGGUGGUGCUGGCACGAGGGCUUCUUCUCCUCAUACCCUUUCCCAUUUUGCUGCACCAUCUUAUUUUCUGCCAGAGUGUGGUCAUUAGUCAUGCCUAUUGUGAACAUAUGGCUGUGGUGAAGUUGGCCUGCUCAGAUGCCACUGUGAAUCGUGCAUAUGGGCUAGUGGUAGCACUGCUGGUAGUGGGAUUUGAUGUGUUUGCCAUUGGUGUCUCUUAUUCUCUUAUUCUCUGUGCUGUGCUGAGGGUCCCUGGCCGUGAUGCCCGGCUCAAAGCAUUUGGUACCUGUGGCUCCCAUAUCUGUGUCAUCCUAGUUUUCUAUGUUCCUGGGAUGUUUUCUUUCCUUACUCAUCGCUUUGGUCACAAUGUGCCCCACCAUGUCCAUGUCCUUCUGGCCACUCUCUACCUCCUGGUGCCACCAGCACUCAACCCCCUUGUCUAUGGGGUAAAGACACAGCAGAUCCGACAGCGUGUGCUCAGGGUUUUCUAUGUUAAGGUGUGGGCUUGA